AAAUAGUAGCACCAGAUUAGGCAGGAGAGGAUCACAAUUCAAACAAAUCCCCAAUCCACCACCAACAAUGGCAGCCACCUUAUCCCUCCUCUCCCCCGCCUCCACCGCCUCCCUCCGCCGCCAAAUUCCGACGUCCAGUCGCAUCCACCUCCGCACCGCCCCAUCCAAGUUCUCUAUCAAGGCCUUCUCCGCCCCAGUCCUCACACAGGACGACCUAAAAAAACUCGCCGCCGACAAGGCCGUCGAGUAUGUCAAAAGCGGCAUGGUCCUCGGACUCGGAACCGGAUCCACCGCCGCCUUCGUCGUCGAUAAGAUCGGCGCACUCCUCAAAUCCGGCGAACUCACUGAUAUCGUCGGAGUGCCCACAUCCAAGCGCACCCAGGAGCAGGCCUUCGCACUAGGUAUCCCGCUAUCCACCCUCGACGCACACCCUCACCUCGACCUCGCAAUCGACGGCGCCGAUGAGGUGGACCCCAAUCUCGACCUGGUGAAGGGCCGCGGCGGAGCCCUAUUGCGCGAGAAAAUGGUCGAGGCGGCGUCGGAUAAAUUCGUGGUGGUGGUUGACGAUUCGAAAUUGGUGGCCGGGUUAGGCGGGUCGGGUCUGGCGAUGCCCGUAGAAGUAGUCCAGUUCUGCUGGAAUUAUAAUCUGGUGCGGCUGCAGGAAUUGUUCAAGGAGGAAGGGUGCGAGGCGAAGCUGAGAUUGGAUGGGAAUGGGAAACCCUAUGUCACUGAUAAUUCUAAUUACAUUGUGGAUUUGUAUUUCAAAACCCCGAUUAGGGAUUCGGGUGCUGCCGGAAAGGAGAUUAACGCGUUCGAAGGGGUGGUGGAGCAUGGUUUGUUCUUGGAUAUGGCGACUGCUGUGAUCAUUGCUGGUGGCACCGGAGUUAGUAUCAAGACGAAGUGAAGAGCAACCAACCGGUGAUUAAAUUUGUUGUUAAUUUGGAAAUUGCAUUUGCUACAUUGUUCUUCAUUUGUUUUUUUGUUGUAACAUGAGAGCUGCAUUCUGUAGUUGAGAAUAAUAUUCAAAAUAAAGAUGUACACUAAUCAAUUUAAAAAAAAAAAAACAAAAAACAAUUGCUUUGCCAUUUUGAUCGAGAGUUGAUAAAGUUGCGAUUUUUGUGGAAUUAGUUGUUUCGUUUUA